CACACAUUAAACACACAUUAACCUUUUUUUUUAUUUUAUUAAAUUUUAAAAUAUCGACAUUAUAAAUAUAAAUAAUAAAUAAUGUUUUUAAUUAAAAGUAAUAAAAAUAUUUUAAAUAAUAAUUUAAUUAAACCUUUAAUUAGAUGUUAUUCAACAAAUACCACCACCAAUAAUGAAUCAUUAAAUAGAAUGAAAAAUAAAGUUUGUUUUGUAACUGGUGGUGCAUCAGGAAUUGGUUUAGGUAUUGUUGAAAAAUUUGUAAAGGAAGGUGGUAAAGUUGCUAUUGCCGAUUUAGAUAAGGGCAAAGCAGAUGUUGAAUCAAGUAGAUUAAAUAAAUUAUAUCCAGGAUCAACUAUUUCAGUAGGUGUCGAUGUUGCAGAUGAACAACAAGUUCAAAAGGGUAUUCAAGAUACUGUUGGUUCAUUUGGUGGAUUAGAUGUUGUUGUAUCAAAUGCUGGUCUUCAACAUAUUGAAUCCAUUGAAACUCUUGACUAUUCAGUUUGGAGAAAGAUGAUGGGUGUUCAUUUAGAUGGUGCUUUCCUUUGUACCAAACAUGCCAUGCAAGAAUUCAAAAAAGAUGUUAAAAGAGGUGGUACCAUUCUUUACAUGGGUAGUGUUCACAGUAAAUAUGCAUCAGAAUAUAAAAUUCCAUAUGUAACUGCUAAACAUGGUCUCGAAGGUUUAUGUCGUGGUAUUGCUCGUGAAGGCGCUAAAUAUAAUAUUCGUGCAAAUUUAAUUUGCCCAGGUUUUGUUUUAACCCCAUUAGUCCAAAAACAAAUCCCAGAUUUAGCAAGAAAAUUCAACAUGUCCGAAGAAUCUGUUGCCAAAGAUAUUUUAUUAAAACACACUGUUGAUGGCGAAUUUACAACCGUUGAAGAUGUUGCCGAAGUUGCUGUUAACUUUUCUGCUAUUCCAAAUAAAUGUUUAACUGGUCAAUCAUUACUUGUUUCACAUGGUUGGAUUAUGGAAUAAAAUAAUUAAAUAAAAAAAUAUAUGUAAAUUCCUUUUUUUCUAAAU